AUGGAUAACAAGGCACCCAAGACAAUAUUUACUGAUCAAUGUCAAGCAAUGGCAAAUGCCAUUAAAAAAGUUUUUCCAAACACUUGUCAUCGUCUUUGUUCGUGGCAUAUUUCAAAAAAUGCCACUCAAAAGCUUGGGACCUUGUAUGGAAAUUACGAGUUCAAAACUUUGUUUCAGAAGUGUCUACAUUCUGAAGCAAUAGAUGAUUUUGAAUCAACAUGGAAUCUAAUGAUAACGAAGUUUGGUAUUGCGGACAACAAAUGGCUUAAGUCACUUUAUGGACUUAGAGAGAAGUGGUGUCCGGCUUUUAGUCUUGACACUUUCACUCUCCGUGCUAAAUCAACUCAAAGAAGUGAGAGUAUGAACAAUGUUUUGCAAAAGAUGUCCUCUAAAGCUAUGACUUUAAUGGAAUUUGUGCAACAUUAUGAAGAACAAUGUGAGAGGAUACGGUUAGCUAAAGCUAAUGAAGAUUAUCGUAGUAAGCAUGGCAUAAUACAAAUGAAAGCGAAGGAUUCCAAAAUGCUGAAACAAGCAACUUGUGUUUACACAAAUAGUAUUUAUUACCUAUUUGAAGAUGAGGUGCUUUCUAGUUUGGCAGUGAAAUUGGAUUUGUUAUCAAAUCUUUCUACAAUCUUCAUUUAUCGUGCUUUUGUGGGAGAAAGAUGGACAAAGUAUGUGAAAUCAAAACAGCCUCCAUUUGAACUUGGUGAGUCGUCCAGAAAUAAGAAAUCAUCUUUGACUCUAGAAAGAAGCAUCUUACUUCAACAAUCUUAUCGCGCUAUCAAUCACUUGGUUAUGACCACUGAGGGAAAAAGUUUGGCCAAGAAACAUGUGCAAUUAAAGUGGGAGGAUGCACAAAAACUUAUGGAAACCUUCAAUCCAAAUAAGGAAAAUGACAAUACUUCUGGUGAUCUCAUGAAGACUGGUGGACAUUUAGAGGAAAUGAUUGUGUUGGAUCCUUCACAUGUGAAAGCAAAAGGAGUAACGAAUGCUCGAAUAAAAAGCUAUUUGGAGAAAAGGAAACGGCAACCAUUACAUAACACUUAUAAUGUGCCCAGUGCUCCAGUGCUUUAUCUCCUACCUGUUCCUGUUCCUUCUCAUUUUCAUGCUCCAACUUUUCAUUCAGUGUUUUAUCUCCCACCUGUUCCUGUUCCUUCUCCUUUUCAUGCUCCAACUCUUCAUUCAUUUGGGCAACAAUUACAUACAAACAUUUUCAAUCCUGGUGUUAUUCAUACGUCACUCCAAUGUGAGCAACAAGUCAGGAAUGAUCUUGAUGCAAGCAAGUGA